GAGAGAGGAGGGAAGGGGGAGACAUUUUUACCUUAUAUGGGGGGUGUUUUCUAUCUGUCACUUGCUUCCCCUUGAGAAAUGUCAUGAUUCACGGGACGUUUACGUCAAAGGUGAUCGCUCCGCCUUUGUAAAGCAGUCCACACGACACUCUCGGCGCGGAUACGCUUCAAAGGACAGCGGAAUAGCUCCAAAAGGCGCACGCCCAAACAUCCGUCGCAAGGAUCGCAAGUGGUAGUGGUCACACCUGCGUCCCUCGAAGAACGGUUUUCCUUUCGACACGAAGAAGGUGCGAUCUUCGACUGCAUCGUCCUCAGUGUGACCGCCUGGGCAUCGAGAAGAAAGAAGGACGCCAUGGCGGCACACCCAGACUCGGUGAUCCAAGAGCUGAGCAGGCUACACAUCAACCACAUGACGCCCCAGCAGUACUCCCCGACGCGGGGAAAGAAGGUGGCCCCCGUCGUACCUCCCAAACCCAAAAAGGUUGUGAGCGGUAGGCCAGACAACCCCCGAGGUCAGGGUGCGGACGCGACCUAUGCCAACUGCACGUCGGCCGCCGAGACAUCGGCCGCCGAUCCGGCGUCCCUUUCGGGGCCCAUGCCCUGCAAGGCGGAGCCCCAGGCCAGCUCUGCAGCCGCCUUCGAGCUGCACGGCCGCGUGGUGCCGACCUCGGCCCCUGCCCCGGGUGCAGAGUCGGAGCUGGACCUUCCCCCUCCCCCUCCCCCGCCCACGCUGGGGCGAGUGCCCUCCUACUCGGCCUCGCAGCAGCACCAGACGUGCCGGGCCGCCUCGUACUCGGAAGACCUCCCUCCCCCGCCCCCCUCGCCCCCGCGCUCCCCGGACAGCCUGACCUACGGGACGACCCAGUCCUCCUCGGGGGCUUCCUUCCACCACUUCAGGCCCCAGUCGUCGGCGAGCACUUACGACACGGGCUCUAUCUACGAGCCAAUAGUGCCCCGGCCGCCCAGCCAGAUGUCGGGCUACUCGAGUACGGGCUCAUCGCUCUACUCGUCCUACUACCCGGGCCGGAUGCCGCUGGGGGGCAAGCCCCCACACCGGACGGGCCAGGAGGCCGAGGUGGACCACCUCACGGACCUCCUCGUGCAGAGCAUGGAGAACUCUGGGGACCCGGACUUCUUCGGAAUGUGCUACAAAUGUGGGGAGAAGGUUCUGGGAGAAGGCAGUGGGUGCACUGCCAUGGACCAGGUGUACCACAUCAAGUGCUUCACCUGCCACGUGUGCGUGAAAGAACUUCGUGGGAAGCCCUUCUUCGCAAUGGACGGAAAACCAUACUGCGAGGAAGACUAUCUGAACACACUGGAAAGGUGCUGCGUAUGUGAGAAGCCUAUCCUUGACCGGAUCCUGCGUGCCACAGGCAAGCCGUACCACCCGGCCUGCUUCAAGUGCGUAAUGUGCGGAAAGUGCCUCGACGGCAUUCCCUUCACGGUGGAUGCCACCAACCAGAUCCACUGUAUCGACGAUUUCCACAAGAAGUUUGCCCCCCGCUGCUGCGUAUGUUCCCAACCCAUCAUGCCGGAGACUGGGAAGGAGGAGACGGUCAGGGUGGUAGCCCUGGAUCGCAGCUUCCACAUCAACUGCUACAGAUGCGAGGACUGUGGACUGCUGCUGUCGUCCGAAGCAGAGGGCCGGGGGUGCUACCCACUGGACGACCACAUUCUGUGCCGCAGCUGCAAUGCCCGUCGUGUGCAGACGCUCACUUCCAGGAUGGUCUCGUAGUUCCAACGAGGUCGGACGAAAGAAGCACACCCCUUGCUGUGUAUGCCAAUGUGAUAUGCGAGAGAGAGGAAGGCUGCACCUAGAGGGAUUGUGAAACAACCUUGGGAAUUAUAGUCAUAACUCUGGCGGUGCGAGACGCCUCUUCAUUGGAAGGCCACAUUUCCACCACGUUAUCUAAAGGCGGACUACCUUUCCCCAGAGCCGUAUAUGGGGAGAGUUUGGUCAGUCUAUGAUCUCGCCGCCGUAACGCUCUCCUCCCAAGUGAGCCAAUCAGCACGUGGCGUAGAGCGAGAGGCAUGAGCGCAUGCGUGUGAACUCCCGGCUGCUCCCACCUGAGUGGGGGGGGGCCGCCAUCUUCGAUCAUUCUCCCGGCGGAAUGCGUGGGACCAGCAUCUAAAUCGCGAUUAUUGCCUUUUAUAUCACUGGCUCUGAUAAGAAAAUUACAUUGUUAUUCCUUGGUGGGUUAAAAAGCUAAUAAAUAAAGAUUUUUCGGCGUAUGGCCUUAAACUUUUAUUCAGGCGAAAAAGAAGUCGGCCCGUAGCAGACGACGCGUAGCCUCAGCAGUGCUCUUCUCUGACCAGUCUCCAACAGCGUUGCUAAAAAAUGGCGGUCGUCUCCUCUCUGCUCCCUUCUUUCUCUUUCGCUCCUUCGGCGCUCUCCUCCUUUUCAUUUACAUUUCUUCUCUCCGGCUCCUUCGUCGCCACACCCACUGGCCAAACUUUCCCAAUAUACAGCUCUGCCUUUCCCCAUGUACUGGCUUUAUCUAGCGCAGAGUGGACAGCUGCGGGACAUUUGGGCGACACUAGCCAGGGAAUGCGAUUUAAUGAUUCUGUUGGCAUCAGCCAGAGAGCAUUUUGCCAUUACGAAAGCCACAUGCAUCACAGUGACUUGGCUUUGGAAACUCCUCUAGUGGGGCAAAGAACCGGCUAAACAGAUCCUUCUGACCGUCUUUGUAAAUGUCAGUAGUGCACAGAGCUGCCCAGAAUUUCUUGCAAAAAGUCGAGAAUAUUUGCAUGGGUCAAUUUUACUUCGUCAUUUUUACAAGUAGCGUCUAAAGACUGAACCGUGUGUCCUACAUACACAUGUUGUACAAGCAUUGAGGGUUGGUGUUCAACUUUUACCCUGAAGCCAACACCCGAGAGUUGUUUCAUGGUCCCUUCAGUGCCAGUUAAGAAAGCCAGCUUUUGUUCUUUCACCACUAUAGAGUUUUGUGCGACGUAUUGCUGCCCUCUAGCUGCAAGUGAGUGUUGUACUAUGUGUACCUACGAAGUAUAGUAUUAAAGGUCAGUCAAUUUCCACAUUUUUACUUAUGUAAUGUACAUAUCCACAAUGAAGUACAGUGCCAAUGUUGUGCGAGACGAAAAGGUCAAUAAAGUCCAUACCUUUAUGUAUGUU